AUGGUGAAGCGAUAUACCUGCAAAGGUCUGCUCUUCGACAUGGAUGGCACCAUUAUCGACUCAACGAACGCCAUUGUCAAGCAUUGGCAUGAAAUGGGCAAGGAACUGGGUGUAGACCCCAACGUUAUUUUGGCAACUUCUCAUGGCAGAAGAUCCAUAGACGUGCUGAAGAUUUACGAUCCGUCUAUGGCCACCCCAGAGCGCGUUGCGCAGGUUGAAGCCCAAAUUCCUAAAAGGUUUGGACGGGACGCAGAAAUGAUCCCUGGAGCGCGAAAUCUGAUCGCUCUAUUGAACGAGGCUGGAGCAUCGUGGGCAAUUGUGACCUCGGGUACUCGACCAUUAGUUCAAGGCUGGUUGGACGUGCUUCGAAUCGCGCAGCCUAAGCACGUGGUAGUGGCUGAAGAUGUUGAGAAUGGUAAACCUGAUCCAGCCUGUUAUCGACUUGGCCGUGCACGCCUUGGACUCUCAGCAGAAGCCGCCACCCUAGUCAUAGAAGAUGCACCGGCCGGGAUUCGUGCUGGCAAAGCGGCCGGCUGUCAAGUCGUCGGAUUAACCACGACGCAUUCUGCCCAACAGGUUAGGGAGGCAGGUGCAGACUGGAUUAUUCCAGAUUUGCGCAGCAUCACUUUCCUAGGCCAAGACAAGGAUACCGGUGAUUUGCACCUAGAAAUCAAACAUUUCCUGUUGAGCUAG